AUGAAAUUGAAUCAUCACAGUAGGUCAUGCCAAAUAAUUAUAAAUAAAAAAUUAACGAACUUUGAAAAUUAGGCAACUCAAAGGACUGCUGACACAACUCCAGAUUCAUUAAAUAGUGUUGAAGAGAAUCCUAAAACAAAUUACUUUACAAAAAAAAUCUCUUCAGAUUGCAAGUUGGCAAGAGAACUUCAUGAAGCAUCUCUUCAAUCGCACUGGUACAUUGAAUAGCCUAAGGAAAUUGUGGAUAAACGCCUAGUGAAAUUAAAAAAAUAACAGAAAAACCAUAAGGUUGUCGUUUUAGACCUUGAUGAAACAUUAGUUUACCACAAGAACGAUCAAACUAAGAUAAGACCAUUUUGUAAAUAGUUUUUGGAGCGAUUAUCUAAGAUUUGCACAUUAGUACUUUUUACUGCAGCAAAAAUAGAACAUGCUAAUAAUGUAAUUAAUAUGCAAUUACUUUUUAGAUGUUAAAACUAAUUGAUCCAAAUAAACAGUAUUUUAAAUCAGUUUGCACAAUCGACAACAUGAUUGGAAAAGUCAAAGACUUAAGAAUUUUUUCGACUGAUCUCAAGGAUAUUGUCAUCGUAGACAAUUCUCCACAAAAUUUCAUGUAUCAUCUUGUAUCAUCAUAGAGCUUAGAUCAACAAUGGACUGCCAAUAUUACCAUUCGAAGGAUAGAAUGACGACAACUAAUUAGAAGAAUUGCUAUCAUAUUUAGAAGAUCUUCUAUUAGUUGAAGAUGUUAGAGUUGAAUUAGCUAAAACGUUUAAACUUUAACAAUUCUAUAAAUAGCUAAAUGGAAAAUAAGCUAUCAAUAAGUUGUACAUAUGA